AGUGAGAGGCAGGGUUAACGAUCAGUCUCCACCCUCAGCUCUGAGCCUAGAGGUGGGUAUUUGUUUUCAGGGCUCAAAAUAGAGAUGUGGGGGUGCUGAGCAACAACUGAGCAACGGCUUUAUCUUCCCGGGAAUGUGAGUCUCCUUCUAGGACCUGCUAUAGCCUCUCCCACUUCGCCAUCCCCACCUUACCCCCUCCCUUCUCUGCGACAUAUUGAAUUUCACACUUAAAAAUAGCUCUUGCUGGCAGAGCUGGAGACAGCCUGAAUCGCAGCUCUGCAAUGCCGGUCUCCCCUCACCAAGCCCUCCCCGGUGUGGGCUGCAGUCCUAGCUGCCCGCUGACCCUCUGCACAGCGGGGAACCUUUCUCUCACCAGGGAUGGCCAGGGCGCUUGAAAUGUUUCCAGAAACAGGAGCUACUUUAGCGAAGCUGUGCCCUCCUCUCCUCCUUUCUUAAUAAUUCAUCUGACGUUUCUCCACGAGAAGGAACCUGAUGGCACCAUUCCUUUCUCACAAACCCUUCCUGAAGUUCCCUGAGGACGCCCCCAAGUGGACACGUUGCUUUUAAGAAUCACCUCCAGCUCUAGGCAGUCUGUCCCACGCUCCAGUGAUGUGGACACGGCUGGGAUGAUCCAAGUCUCAGAAGGCCACCGUAGCCGGGGAACCAGCAUGUUUGUCCCACAGAACACACAAGGGGAAGGAGACAGCGGGCCAGGAAGAAAAUGCAAUGGAUUUGAAGAUACACAGGACCUGGAUGCUGCUGCGUCUCCGCCUUUACUUCCCACGGCUCCUUGCGGCUCUCAGGAGGGGCCGUCUCCAUGUCAUCUGUUGACAGUGAGAGUCAUUAGCAUGAAAAAUGUCCGGCAGGCUGAUAUUCUGAGUCAGACAGACUGCUUUGUGACCCUCUGGCUGCCUACUGCCUCUCAGGAGAAGCUGAGGACCAGAACUAUCUCCAAUUGCCUACACCCAGAGUGGGAUGAAAGCUUUACCUUCCAGAUCCAGACUCAAGUCAAGAACGUACUGGAGCUGAGUGUCUGUGAUGAAGACACAUUGACACCAAAUGACCAUCUCCUGACAGUCCUCUAUGACCUUUCCAAGCUCUGCUUUCGGGACAAAACCCAUGUAAAGUUCCCGCUCAACCCAGAGGGCAUGGAGGAGCUGGAGGUGGAGUUCCUGCUGGCUGAGAAUCCCUCCUCGCCAGAGACCCUCGUCACCAACGGCGUGCUGGUGGCUCGCCAAGUCUCUUGCCUAGAGGUCCACGCAGAAUCCAGGAGGCCAAAGAAGAGGAAGAAAAACAAACGCCUCCUGGUGUCGGUGACAGACUCGUUUGAGAAGACCCAGGGUGUCCCGCCCCACCUGGAGCCCUGCUGCCUCAGCCCUGCCUGCUUCCACUACCCUAAGUACUUCCAGCCCCAACUCCAUGUGGAGCCACCGAAGAGCCCCUGGAACUGCGGGUUUUGCUGCUGUGGCGCACACGGGGACGGCCCCGUCUGCCAGCCCCUCGACUGCCUUUCCGAUGGCCUGGCGGUAACCCUGCCUGUGGGAGAGAACUAUGAAUUACACAUGAAGUCCGUACCCUGCCCUGACUCGCUGGACGUGCGGCUCGGAUUCAGCCUGUGCCAGGAAGAGGCGGAGUUUCUGCAGAAGCGGAAGGUGGUGGUGGCCAAGGCACUAAGUCAGGUGCUUCAACAGGACCUGCGUGAGGAUGAGGUACCGAGGAUAGCCAUCAUGGCCACGGGUGGCGGCACAAGGUCUAUGGUCGCCAUGUAUGGCCACCUGCUGGGGCUGCAGAAGCUGAACCUUCUGGACUGUUCUACUUAUGUCACUGGCUUGUCAGGUGCAACCUGGACUAUGGCUACCUUGUACAAUGAUCCUGAGUGGUCCUCCAAAAACCUGGAGCCUUUCAUCUUUGAGGCCCGGAGACAUGUUGUCAAAGACAAGAUGCCUGCCCUGUAUCCAGAUCAGCUCUGCAAAUGGCGAGAGGAACUCCGACAGCACCGCCAGGAGGGCUACAAGACCACGUUUACAGACUUUUGGGGCAAGCUGGUAGAGUACAGUUUGGGCGAUAAGAAAUAUGAAUGUAAACUGUCAGAGCAGCGUGCUGCUUUGUGCCAGGGACAGAACCCUCUGCCCAUCUACCUCACCAUCAAUGUCAAGGAUGAUGUAAGCAACCAGGAUUUCAGAGAGUGGUUCGAGUUCUCCCCCUACGAGGUGGGCUUUCAGAAGUACGGAGCAUUCAUCCCCACCGAGCUGUUUGGCUCCGAGUUCUUCAUGGGGCGGCUGAUGAAGAGGAUCCCUGAGCUUGAGAUGUGCUACCUGCUAGGCUUGUGGAGUAGCAUCUUUUCGCUGAACCUGCUUGACGCCUGGAAUUUGUCCCACACUUCAGAGGAGUUUUUCUACAGGUGGACAAGGGAAAGACUGCAUGAUAUUGAGGAUGACCCACUCCUGCCUGAAAUCCCUAGGUGUGAUAACAACCCCUUGGAAACCACAGUAGUGAUCCCAGCGUCGUGGUUGUCCAACACCUUCCGAGAAAUGCUCACGCACAGGCCCCUCGUGUCCGAGUUCCACAACUUCCUGUACGGGAUGCAGCUGCACACCGACUACCUUCAGAACAAACAGUUCUCUAAGUGGAGAGACACAGUACUGGACACCUUCCCAAACCAGCUGACACAGUCUACAAAACACCUGAACCUUCUGGACACCGCAUUCUUUGUCAACUCCAGCUAUGCACCCCUCCUCAGGCCAGAGAGAAAUAUCGACCUCAUCAUCCACCUCAAUUACUGUGCAGGAUCCCAGACAAAGCCGCUGAAACAAACCUGUGAGUAUUGCACCGCCCAGAACAUCCCCUUCCCCAGCUACUCCAUCCAGGAUGACGACAAAAGUCUCAAGGAGUGUUACCUGAUGGAGAACCCCCAGGAGCCCGAUGCCCCCAUUGUGGCUUACUUCCCACUCAUCAACGACACCUUCCAGAAGUACAAGGCCCCAGGUGUGGAGCGAAGUCCUGAGGAGUUGGAACUGGGCCAGCUGAAUAUCUAUGGUGAAAAAUCUCCCUAUGCCACCAAGGAGCUGACGUAUACAGAGGCCGCCUUCGACAAGCUGGCAAAACUCUCGGAGUAUAACAUCCUCAAUAACAAAGACAAGCUCCUUCAGGCCAUCAGACUGGCAGUGGAGAAGAAACGCAUGAGGAGCCAGUGCCCCUCCUAGGCCUGGGGGAGCCCUAUCUGUCUUGUGUCUGCUUCUGUUGUCAGAAGCAUCACCCGUCAAAGCUGACCUCAUGCACAGCCCUCUGGCCAGGGGAGCAGGCAGCUGGGCAUGGGGUUUCUAGCAAAACAUUACAAGUGAACAAAGGAGAGAGAGGAAGGAAGCAAGGAGGAGUCUGUUGGGAGUUUCUCUCCACUUUCCAGCAGGCAAGGUACUGCGGUCACGGGCUUCCACAUAGAUCCAAGUGUAGAAUGUGAAUGUAUGGCUGCAGAGAGCGGGUAGUUCCCAAGAGACCUUGUCCUUAGGGACAGAGGCAGAAAUCCCCUAAGCCUCCCCUCCACUCCUCUUCCUUCUCCCAUGACCAGCCUAGAGAAAUGCCCAGGAGACCAAGAACUGCUCUAAGUUUCUCUGGAAAAAUGCUUUGUAAAUGUAAGGUAAUUGUGUCCUCGGAAUUGUUGUUAUCAAUAGUAUUUUGUGAUUUAUUUUUAUUUUUUUUCCUACAAUGAAGAGAAAGUUAGUAGAGAGCCUGGUCUCUGCUACAGCAAAGCCAAACAAGUGACUAACCCGUGUCACUGGUGCCGCUUCAGCUACCAGAGCCAUGCGCUGGUGUGCAUGGGAGCCUGGCGGGGACCAGGUCUAAGCACCCAGGUCCAGUGAAAGCAGGCACUGCCUACAAUGUAGCAGAAACUCACAAAAUGAGGAUCCAGGAUGCCAUCCACGGAGGCCUGGGCAGACUGUGGGCACCGGCUACUUGAAGCUGUCCAGUGCCAGACUCUCGGACAUUUCUCUGGCUUUCGGAUGGGGUUAUUUAUUUCUAAGUAUGAUUCGUCUUAUUUAUCACAGAAACACCACAGCCAGUUUAUCUAAGUUCUUGUACAGUGACUCGGAGAACAAGGUUAGAACCAGGAAGGAUGGCCUCAGAACGGCGAAUUACGACUCUGAGAAAGAUAUGUUUGGAAGAGAAUCUUCGGGGAAGCCCUGAACACAGAGACACCCAGAUUCCAGGCUUCACUAAAGGAUAGAAUGGAAUCCCGAGGUGACUCCUCGGUGGGAAGAAUGGAUUUACCACACUCCCCAUUCACCUUGGGGAGCCCGAGUCCACAGACUCCAUUUUGCCAUUGAUAAGCUGGGCUUCUGGGCCUGCGAAGCCGGUUCCUACCCAAGGGAUGCUGAUGUGAGGUGGAUGUCUGUCACCCUUCUCUAAGCCUCCUCUAGAGUAGCUGGCUGUUAUUUCUUUUCUUUCCUCCACACAGGGAGCAGGCUCUGAAUUAUCAGAGCGAGCAAGAAUAGGACCUGCAUUUUGCAAGGUGAAGGCAGCCAUGCCUUGGACUCUCUGUAGUAUGUGGGGUUUAUAAGAUCACUGUACUGUUUGAACACAGAAUAAAGUGGUCAU